UAGUUUCACUUUGCGUUUCCCGGUGUUCAUGGUUUUUUUCGCUGUAUUUUUGUGACGUGAACACGGCUAUGGUUUAAACAUCUUUUGUUUAACUUUUUAAACAUAUAUAGAAUUUACGUUACAUGGCUAGAACAAUGUAAUUGUCAUAGGGACUAAUAAGGUACUAGCGGGAUGGUAAAACGACCCCAAUGGCAAGAUUUGACCAGUGGGGAUCAGUGACCCAUCCAGCAGUGGAUUGACCAAGGUCUGCCCGUACAUUCGUGUAUUAUAACCAAUGGCGUAAUGAAAAAAAACAGAGAAGAGACCACACACAGAAAAUCAGGUGACCAAUGAAGAUGGCUGGCGCUGAACAUCUUCCAUCCUCCACUGAGAAGGACAUUGAUACGCUUAUCCGUCAAAAUCGACCUCACCUAAAGGAGUGCAUUGGUUAUGCACCAGAUGAAUUUAUAGAUGAGCUGGAUCGAAACGGUUACAUUACUCGACAUAUAUACAACACGUUUAAGGACAUGAAAAGUACAAACAAGACUCAGGCCAUCGAUGAUGUGUUGAACUGGCUGUACGAUGGUGGAAUUGAAACUCAGGUUAAGAUGCUCAAGGCCCUGCAGAUGGUGGAAGGCCAUUACCCACGAGUCAAGCAAUGGCUCAAAAAUGUCGAUGCUAGGAGCCUUAUAGCAAGAGCAGAUGAAGAUGCACUGGCAGCUGGGAGGCACGUCGCCAGCACGCCCAGCCCGCUGAGCACUCGGAUACCGUGCGGCGUUGCAGCGGUCUCCGAGACUCGGGAGUUUGUCAACGCUGCUGUAAGUGGCCCGGGCGAGGGAAACGUUGGAGGCCAUUCGGGAGCAAUACCAAAGAAGCCCCAUCAGUCCUUCAUUAACAUUCACACCAAGGGGCAAGGUGUCGGUCAAACUGGACAAGCCGGUCCGAUGAUGGGGUCGAGGCGUGUGGAAAAGCUGGCGACGGAGAUCGGAAACCUGCAGCUGAGAAGUGAACCCUGGAGCGGGACCACUGUCAAAGAGACCGACAAGUUGCCAGUGGUACAGGAAGACGGGAGUGACAGCCAUCCUCGCGUGAAAGAGGGGCAGAAUGAUGAAGACGGCUUCUACUCGUUUGUGAUUCUGCACCAUGAAGACGACGGCGACGUAGCCAGGCAAGUGAAAAAUGAUCUCGAGCGAUUCGGGGUAACUGGCGGCGCUGUGUACGAAGAUAAUUUUCAAGUGGGGGGGUCCACGCAUAUUUCUUGCUUGGACAGCGCCAUCAAUAACUCUGCCUUCAUCAUCCUACUCUUGACCAAUAACUUCCAUAGCAAGUGGAACGAGUUCACAAUGCACGUAGCCCUCAUGAAUUCCAUCCUAACCCCGAACAAGUAUAACACGGUUAUUCCACUCUAUCCCCGAGAGAAUGCACUCCCAACGCAGGCUUUGCCUGCGCCACUGAAAGCAUUGAGUUCCCUGGAUCAAGUAAGUACAAGGUUUGAGAUUCAAGUAAAAAAUACGUUCUCCAUUCUCAGAAUUCAGGAACAAAGGAGAAGGUGGUCAGAUGAACAGGCUCUAUUGAGGAAACCUGACAAUGACAUUUAGUCACAGCCUACUGUUGAUUUCUAAUACUCUAAGACAAUAUCCCCUCAUUAUUCGCGAGGGAUACGUUCCGGAGAUGCUCGUUAAUAGCAAAUUUUGUGGAUAAUGAUAUUUGCCGACAAAAACGUAUCUUUUUUUUUCAUGAAUGACCUUAAAUCACUUGAUCUCAUCAUCGCUUUCUUUCUCUCGAUGCCAGUAGUCGUGCAGAGUUCCAGAUGCGAUUCGCGUGUAGCCAAAAUCACGGAUAGCAAGUUUAUAAAUAACGAGGGAGUCUUCUUGGUUCUUUCGGUAAAGUCAUGUAGAAGGGAAAUAAUUAAAAUAAUAUUAGCCGUCCUCAGGUGA